GCAUCCACAGCGCAGACGCAGCUGUUCUUUCUCCUUUCCCAGACUUCACCGUCAGCAUGUCUGCGUCGGUGCGCACACAACUGCUCUUCCUCCUCCUUUCGCUGUCAUCCCGGAUGAUGCUGAGCCGCUACAUCCAGGAUGAAGACAACUUUGAUGGAUUAUAUUCUCUUCUCAGUUUGGACCAGAAGAGAGAGACAGAGGAUUUUAUUUUCAGACGGCCUCUCGGGUGUUUGGACAUGGUGGCCACAGAAGGCUAUUUCACCUUUGUGGCGUCGCGACAGCAGCUCGCCUGUGCCACCUUCGUCAUCGGCGAGCCCAGUGAGGUCAUCAGCCUGGAACUGUCCGACGUCAACAUCGACUGCAACGCCGGCGACUUCAUCAAGAUGUUUGACGGCUGGGUUCUAAAGGGAGAGAAGUUUCCCAGCAGUGAGGACCACCCCCUGCCGAUGCACCAGCGCUACACAGACUUCUGCUCCCCGACGGCACCGAGUCACACCAGUCGCUCUUCCCAGAACGUUGCCAUGAUCUUCUUCCGCAUCCACAACCCUGACCGUGGCUUCACUCUUGUUGUGAAAAAGCCGCACAACCCUUUUCCUUGUAACAUCAUGUCUCAGAGUCCAGAGGGCAGCUUCACCAUGGUGAUGGCGCACCAGCACAGGAACUGCAGCUUUUCCAUCAUCUACCCAGUGGAGAUCCAGCUGACACAACUGAGCCUGGAGCAGGCCAAAAGUAAUGAGAUCAGCCCCAAGGUGAGGCUCUGGUCCGGCUGUUCGGAUUCUGGUGACUAUGUGGAGCUGCUGGGGGGAAACGGAGUGGACACAUCUCGCAUGUUCCCCGUGGCUGAUCUCUGCUUUCCACUCAGCGGUCUUGCCCAGAUGAAGAUCGGCUGUGAUAACUCUGUGGUGAGACUGGUCUCCAGUGGCAACUACAUCAACCGAGUGUCUUUCCAGUACCGACUACUGGAACGCAACCAGCUGACCAAAGCCCAUGAGAACAGCCUGGACAAUUUCUGCACAGUGGAAUGAAGACGUGAACAACACUACUUGUAAAUACAUACAUUGUUUAUACCGAUCCAUAAGUCUUUUUCUUGUUAUGAGUAGAAAUUUAAUUCACUUUUCCAAUUAUAUUAACUUUUAUUUCAUAAGUAAAGGUUAAUUCACGGGUCAUUGUCUUUUAGAUUAAUAUUCCUUAUGUUUGUACCCAUUUCUCAGUCACUCUUGUUUGUAUCACCAUGACAUUUUGAAAAUAAAAAAAAAUACCGUAAUGCAUGACAAAGCAGAUUUGGAAUGGUCUGUUUUCAAACAAGAACUACAAGAACAUUUUGGAUUUGUUGGGUUUUUUUUUAAAUGUCAUGCAUACAUCAAAAAAUAGCCUGCAUUUUUUAUUUUUUUUUUGCUGCAGG